AUGUCCCACAUACCGGAGACCGGCGCGUCGGCCGCCGCCCCGGCCGAGCCCACCAAGGAAGACAUCAUGGCCGCUGACGGCUUGGCGCAGGAGGACCAGGACAUGGCGGACACCAAGGCGGCCAACACGGUCGUCGGGUUCGCCAAGUCGGCGGCCGAGACGGAGCAAAAGAUGACCCUGCUCGAGGGUAUCCGGCUGUACCCCAAGGCGAUUGCGUGGAGCAUGCUCAUCAGCACGUGCAUUAUCAUGGAGGGCUACGACGUGUGCCUGAUCAACAACUUUUACGCGUUCGACCAGUUCAACCGCAAGUACGGCACGCUGCUGCCCGACGGCACGUACCAGGUCUCGGCGGCCUGGCAGAGCGGCCUGAGCAACGGCGCCAACUGCGGCGAGCUGAUCGGCCUGCUGCUCAACGGCUGGAUCUCGGAGCGCUUUGGCUACCGCUACACGGUCAUUGGCUGUCUCGUGCUCGUCACGGCCUGGAUCUCCAUCUUCUUCACGGCCAAGAACACGGCGGCGCUGCUCGUGGCCGAGAUCCUGUGCGGCAUCCCCUGGGGCGUGUUCCAGACGCUGACCAUUACGUAUGCGUCCGAAGUGUGCCCCGUGGCGCUGCGCGGCCACUUGACGACGUACGUCAACGCGUGCUGGGGCAUCGGGCAGCUGAUUGGCAUCGGCGUGAUCAUGGGCGUGCUGGACCGCACGGACCAGUGGGCGUACCGCCUGCCGUACGCGCUGCAGUGGAUGUGGCCGGUGCCGCUGAUGGUGGCCAUCUUCUUCGCGCCCGAGUCGCCCUGGUGGCUGGUGCGCCGCGGCCGCAUCGAGGACGCCAAGCGGGCGCUGCUGCGGCUGACGUCCAAAAAGGUGCGCGAGGGCCGCCAGGCGGGCGGCGACCCGACCAACCCGGACGCCGAGCGCUUCGACCCGGACGCCACGAUUGCCAUGAUGGUGCACACGACGGCGCUCGAGGCCAACGCGACCAAGGGCGCCAGCUACCUCGACUGCUUCCGCGGCCACGACCUGCGCCGCACCGAGAUCGUCUGCAUGGUGUGGGCCAUCCAGAACCUGAGCGGCAAUUCCUUUUCCAACUACUCGACGUACUUCCUCGAGCAGGCCGGCCUGACGUCGCGCAAGGCCUACGGCUUCGCGCUCGGCCAGUACGCGUUCAAUGUCGUGGGCGUCAUUGGCGCCUGGUUCUUGAUGUCCUGGGGCAUCGGCCGCCGCUCGCUCUACCUCUACGGUCUCUGCGGCCUCUGCACGAUGCUGUUCAUCAUGGGCUUCCUGGGUCUGGUGCCCGCGUCCCACCGCGACCAGAGCUCCAUCGCCACCGGCAGCAUCAUGCUCGGCUGGGCGCUCUGCUACCAGCUGUCCGUCGGCACCGUCUGCUAUUCGCUCGUCGCCGAGAUCUCCACCCGCCGCCUGCAGAUCAAGACGGUCGUCCUCGGCCGCGUCCUCUACAUCAUCGUCGGCAUCGUCUGCGGCGUCCUGACGCCCUACAUGCUCAACCCGAGCGCGUGGAACUGGCAAAACUAUGCCGGCUUCUUCUGGGCGGGCAUCUGCUUCCUCUGCAUCAUCUACACCUACUUCCGCGUGCCCGAGCCGACGGGCCGCUCGUUUGCCGAGCUCGACGUGCUCUUUGAGCAGGGCGUCAGCGCCCGCAAGUUUGCCACCACCGAGGUCGACGUCUUCUCGCGCAGCAUGAACGUCGACGUCCUGCGCAACUACAAGGAGCAGACCGUCGACCACGUUGAGCGGCGGUCAGCGGCAGAGGCCUAA